AUGGAGGGUGGCGAAGCGGGUGGCAGUGGCGGCGGAGGGCUCCUGCAGCAAAUUCUCAGUCUUCGCCUCGUGCCCCGCAUGGGCAAUGGCACCACCACCUACUCCAGCCCCCUCUCCACCUUCCCAGAGAUGUGGUACGGCGUCUUCCUGUGGGCAGUCGUCUCCUCCCUUGCCUUCCACGUCCCGGCCGCGUUGCUUGCGCUCUUCACGCUCCGGCACCACAAGUACGGCAGGUUCAUGUCCGUGAGCGUCCUGCUGAUGGGCAUCGUGGGACCCAUCACCGCCGGCACCCUCACAAGUGCUGCCAUUGCUGGAGUUUACAGAGCUGCGGGGAAAAAAAUGAUUCCCUUUGAGGCCCUCAUUUUUGGCGUGGGCCAGACGUUCUGUGUGGUGGUAGUUUCGUUCCUGCGCAUUCUGGCCACUCUGUAGCUCCUCUGGAGAGGCUGGAGAACACAAACCAGUGGGGGAACAAAGGACCUGCUGCCUCAGAACAAACCACAGGGAGCACAGUCCAGCCUUUUGCUUCUUCCACCGAUUUAAGGAAUUGGGAGAGCUUGCUCCUGCCUCCAGCCUGGCUUGAAAUUUAAAAAUUGUGAAUUUUGUUACUUUUUGGUAACAUUAAGUGCCAAGUGAAAUUUAUUUAUCUGGAGGGUAGGAAAAUAGCUACCAGAGGAGGAGACCUGUGUACCUUUCACCAGUGAUGAAUUGUAGUAACAGGACAUGACUAAAAUUUGACACCAGCUGUGCUGGGGUAGGAGCAGGACCAGAAUGACAUUGUGUCCUCACUGCUCACUCACCGCUUUGUUGCUUGGUUUUGAGUGAACUUGAACCUCUUUUAAUGUCAGGUUUUUUAAAUUAAAAAAUUAAUUUCUUUUCUUCCUAGCCCAAACUUCUUAAUAUCAGGUUAUAGCCAUAGUGGAUUUGGGAGCAGCAAAAGAAUAACUCAUUUUAGAUGGAUGAGAGUACAAAUUUGUGUCUAGGAGCUUUGGGUGUGAAUGCUGCGCAGGGGAAAUGACUGCUCUAAAAAAGAUUUUGUGAAUUUUAUUACAGCAAAACCCUUCUGGCCCUGUGAAUGUUCUGCCCAGAGGCAGAACACAGUAGAAUGGGCACUCUAGAAAUCCCAGGUAUGCAUGUGGGCAUGCACAGCUUCUCCUCAGGCUUUGAAGGAGACUCAGGUUUUCAAACGACCCUGUUCUCCUUUGACUUGCUGAUGCCGUUCAUGUUGGUGUGGUGGAGCUGGGUGUGCACUGAUCUGGAAGUGGCACUGGCCAGCUUGGAUAAAACCCCUCAUGCUGCUGCUGCUGCUGCUGAGAGCUGCAUGGCCAGGCUGGGUUGUGACCAGGGGUGUCCCCAAUGUGAGGAGUGUGCCACGUUUUCAGCAUCCAGCAAACAGCAUGCUGGGGCCUGGGAGAGCUGCAAGGCUCCUCACAGGAGCCUGGCUGGUUCCUGUGUCCAAGUGAACACAGCACCAAAUCAACCCCUAUCCACAUGCAGUACUAUCUCCUCAUGAAUUAUUUUAGUUUGUUUUGGUUUUAAGUGACUAAUUGGUAGCUCUGCUCUUGUGCCCCGAAUUGUGCCAUAUGGCUGGGGCAUUUGAGCAGCUAACUGGCUGCUUCCUGGGGCUUGGUUCUUUAGAGAAGCUGAAGUUGAAUUCCAGAGAUGUGGUUGGGCAGUGUAGCCAGCCCUAGGGGUUUGCUGUGGUCUGUGUUUGUAUGUGUUGGCUGCAGAGGGAAAAGUGCUGUCUGUGUCCAGCUUUUCAGGGGACAGUUCCCAUCUGUAUCUUCAUUGAAUUCCCCUGGUUUCCAAAUCAGUUCCUUUUGUACCUGCAGCGUUCCCAUGACCCUGUGUCCUCAGUGCUGGAAUGACUGGAUGUGGCACUCAAUACCAUGGUCUGGAUGACAAGGUGGUGACCAGUCAAACGUUGGACUCAGUCUCAGAGGGCUUUUCUAAAUGAAAUUGAUUCUGUGAUACUUCAACAGGGCACUCUGUUUAUCAUAGAAAAGGGUUUCCCUGUACACGGACUUCUCAGGAGUGGUCUGUUGACAGUGAGAGAUGUUUUGCAGGAGCUACUUACUGAGAUUAUUCUAAAUUUUAGCCAAUGUUAAUUCAGGGAAUAGAGAUGCACAGUUUAGGAAAUAAUUUACUGUGAAUCCUUCUCCUUACACCAAGUGGUGUAACAUACUAAACCCUGGAUCUGUGUGCUGUGCUGCUUCUAAAGAGCCAGUCUUCCUGCCAGGGCAGAAACAGUGAAAAAGAAGAAAUAAGCUUGAUUUCUUUUCCCUCUUUCCACUUUGUAUUUCAGCAUUUGUACCGAGUGCACAGUUUAAUUUACAGGAAUUAUCUUGUGUUUUCCUGGAUGGACUAAAAAUAUCCCAUAGAAUUUGGAUAGCGUGGGUCUGGCUUUACCUUUCAGGUGACACCAGAAACCAGUGUCCUGAGCACCUGCUGUGCUCUCCUUUCCCCUGUCCUGGUGCCUGGCACCACUCAAUAGCCAUUAAGCUGAUUGCAACUGAGAAAGCACUUUAUCCCUGUGCCCUGUGCUACAGCAAGAGGAUGUUUCCUUGCAGGAACAGAGCUGAGAGGUGCAGGACACAAAUUGAGCUGUUACAAAGCUCAGAACAAGUGAAAAAUUGCUCAGUAAAGUCACUCAGUGCUGGGUGAACUGAAAACCUCCAGUUUCUAUCCCUUGGGAUCUCCAAGAGUCUGUUUUGAGGGAGUUCUGGUUUACUUGAAGAGUUGGCAGCUUGACCCUGUUUGAAGUGUUUGGAGCUGGCAGUGUCUCUCUGUGCCUGGAUACUGUGAAAUUUUCAGGGAAUUCUUGCAUAAAAGGUGAACAAUCAGCUGAUUUGUUUCGACAUAUUAGCACAGGAGGCAAGUUCUUUGUGUCACCUUGGUGCUCACAGAGCAUCCUCCACUCUGCUGGCAACCCCCCUCUCCAGAUAAACCAGAGCUAAACAGAGAGGAAGAGUAGCCUUGAGUUGAAGCACUGGUUGCAGUUUCCUUCCCUCAUUGAUUUGGCCAUCCCUUUCCAUUCCUUUAUUCCAAGUGAGACAUGUGGAGGGAUCCCUUCAGUUUUCAUCAGGUAUUGGUAGACUUUGAUCAAUCAAACUUGCCAAAAACUGCAAAAAGCCAGCAAAAACAUCAACACUGAGGUGUCCUGGGCUGGGCAAUGCUGUGAGCCUCUGCUGGGGAGCCCAGCCAGUGUACUGGUUAAGGAAACACCUUCUGGAGAAGCUGCCUGCCCUGGAGGAACAGCCGCUUAUGCUGGGGCUUGUGGCCCUGUUCCCUGUGUGUGACAUCCCCCUGCUCCCACCUGGCUUCCUUUCGUUCACAGCUGCAGCUACCAUGAACAAAUCUUUAUAUGAUUGAAAAUUCUGUACAUUUUAUUUUUCUACUGACACUCUUAAUGCUGGUGGUGAUUAUCAGUAAAUUCUGUAACUCGAGGUGAA